AUGUUCUCCAAGAUCCUCGCUACAUCGUGCCUUGUGACAUUGGCGCUUUCCGCACCGGAAGGUUCGUCAGCUUCUUCUGCCACCAAGAAGCAUCGCCAGUAUGUCGCGCCGGCCGUCCCCGUCGCCCCCGCCGUGGUCGCUCCUGUCGGACAGUGCCCCGGCGGACCGUCCCUUCCUGUCGAGUGUGAUCCAAAGCGGCCAUGGCCACAAUGCCCACCGCAAUCCUAUUGCUACGCCACCAACUCGGUCGACAUCGGACCAUACUUCUGCUGUCCAGUUUGGUCGACGUACGGUGCCGCCUGGCGGCCAGCCACCCCAUUCUACAAUUACGUUCCACCAGUUCCAGCCAACUGGCCAGAUGUUUCCAAGAUCGCCGCCAACUGGCCGGCCGCCGCUGUCGCCCUGCCGGUGAAAGCGCGCAAGCAAGCCAAAGAUGACGACGAGGAGAAUCAAGAUCAGGAAGGAUCGGAGAGCAUCAAGUCCUCAAUCAACUCAUGGGUGCAACGCCAAAAGUUGUAA